GCUGCUCGGCGCCGGCUUCCGGGUGGUGCGAGCGAGAUGGGGCGGAGGGCCGGUCUCGCCGAGUAGCUGCGGUGAGUGGGCGUGUGCGCCGAGCGGUCUGGCUCGAGGGCUGGGGGCCGGCCGAGGGUCUUCGGGAGCAGGCCGCAGGGCGCGGAGAAAGCCUGAGAUCGCCGUCUGCCGCUGCUACCCGGCAUGUCGGCGGAGGCCUCGGGCCCGGCGGCCGCCGCGGCCCCGUCCCUGGAAGCCCCCAAGCCCUCGGGUCUCGAGCCUGGCCCCGCCGCCUACGGUCUCAAGCCGCUGACCCCGAACAGCAAAUACGUGAAGCUGAACGUGGGCGGCUCGUUGCACUACACCACGCUGCGCACCCUCACGGGACAGGACACCAUGCUCAAGGCCAUGUUCAGCGGCCGCGUGGAGGUGCUGACCGAUGCCGGAGCAAUAACCAACAGUUACGGAACCCCUAACUCUGCCAGGCGCUGUGGUUGGGUGCUGAUUGACCGGAGCGGCCGUCACUUUGGUACAAUCCUCAAUUACCUGCGGGAUGGGUCUGUGCCACUGCCGGAGAGUACCAGAGAACUGGGGGAGCUGCUGGGCGAAGCACGCUACUACCUGGUGCAGGGCCUGAUAGAGGACUGCCAGCUGGCGCUGCAGCAAAAAAGGGAGACGCUGUCCCCGCUGUGCCUCAUCCCCAUGGUGACAUCUCCCCGGGAGGAGCAGCAGCUCCUGGCCAGCACCUCCAAGCCCGUGGUGAAGCUCCUGCACAACCGCAGUAACAACAAGUACUCCUACACCAGCACGUCAGAUGACAACCUACUUAAGAACAUCGAGCUGUUCGACAAGCUGGCCCUGCGCUUCCAUGGGCGGCUACUCUUCCUCAAGGAUGUCCUGGGGGACGAGAUCUGCUGCUGGUCUUUCUACGGGCAGGGCCGCAAAAUCGCAGAGGUGUGCUGCACCUCCAUUGUCUAUGCUACGGAGAAGAAGCAGACCAAGGUGGAAUUUCCAGAGGCCCGGAUCUUUGAGGAGACCCUGAACAUCCUCAUCUACGAGACUCCCCGGGGCCCAGACCCAGCCCUCCUGGAGGCCACAGGGGGAGCAGCUGGAGCUGGUGGGGCUGGCCGCGGGGAGGAUGAAGAGAACCGAGAGCACCGUGUCCGCAGGAUCCAUGUCCGGCGCCACAUCACCCACGACGAGCGUCCUCAUGGCCAACAAAUUGUCUUCAAGGACUGACCUCUGACCCUCCCCCUGCUUUCCUCUUGCCUUGGGACCCAGUCCCUCUCUCUUUCCCUCCCCUUCCCAGACCUUUGCCCCGGCUCUGCUGGCCAAGUCGCGGGUCCUCCUCUGUCCCUUCAUUGCAUGGCACAGCUCACUUUGGCCCUUCUCCACCCAUCCCGACCCCAUUGCUAACAACAUGGUACAUUCCGGCCCCACCGCUCAGAGCCUUCCGAAGCCAACACUUGUCCCCACCCUGGCCCUGCAUCCUUCCCUCUCCAGCUGGUUAAGAGGGAUUUAGAAUUCCCUUUCUCUUUUUUUAGUGCAUCGUCCAUGCCAAAGUGUGCGGCCCUUCCUAUUAUCACCACAGUCUGAGCCGCCUCCCGCGUCGUGCAGGAUAGUCCACCUCCUCCUCCCCACCAUCCUCCCUACCUCCUUAACUUUGUACUAGACUGGCCUGGGCCUGCCCAGCUCAGCGUUCUCAGUCUGUUUCAUAUUAUUUAUUAUUUUAAUUUUCUAUUAAAUUAUUGAAAUAAAGUUAAGUUGAGGAACUG